AAAGGAAAGGGCCGCACAUACACGUCACGGGGGAAACAAGAAAAUACUAAGCAAUGUUUAAUUUUCGCAUGUAUUUAUUUUCUCGUGUUCCUGAUAUGUCUGUGAGGCGUUCGCAGUUUUCGGUGCAACUUCCGCUGUCCGGUCAUCGGUGAGUGCUCCGUGUCGUCAGCCUCACAGCCCGCAGAGGAGGUCUGACACUGUCACACAGCCACUCAACUUCCCGUCAAGACACAGCACAGGCGAAACGAGCUGCCACUGCUGACAAAAAAAAAGGGAACGACAUCGGAGUUUGUCAAGAGAAGAGGACACACGUCAGUCCACGGGGUUUCUGGACAGAGAGACGGUGCUGUUGCCCCCCAGCCGAGAGCGAGCGGAGUCAGGUCUGUGCUCUGCUAAUUAGCCUGCGUGGGUCCCCGCAGAGAGACAGCACGGCUAGCUGCAGCACACAGCGGCUGCACAGGGUGUGAGGGACUUGUUUUAGCCACAAUCGCGUUUUCAUCUCACAAAGCUGAUGCUAGGUUAACUGAUGGGAGCCUUUAUGCGAUAGCCAUCCCAGCCGCCCUCUACCCCCUGCCAGACCCUGGCUCGGAUUCGCCACUCGGGCGCUGUCCUCGCCGGGGGGUGCCGGAUCACCACCGCCCGGUCCAGCUAACGCCAGGCGGCGGUUCGGUCCCCCUGACCCCUGCACUGCCUCGCCUGUCUGCCGCUCUGGCCGACCUUAGUCGAGCUCCGACAUGGCAGGGAACCUCAAGAAAGGCGGAGGACUCAUCGGUAUGAUGAAGGAUGCCUUCCAGCCCCACCAUCACCACCUCCACUCCCAUCACCAGCCUGGGGCCGUGGACAAAAAGACAGUGGAGAAAUGCUGGAAACUGAUGGACAAGGUGGUGCGUCUGUGCCAAAACCCCAAGCUGGCUCUGAAGAACAGCCCCCCUUACAUCCUGGACCUGCUGCCAGACACCUACCAGCACCUGCGCACCAUCUUGUCUCGUUACGAGGGCAAAAUGGAGACUUUGGGGGACAAUGAAUACUUCCGGGUGUUCAUGGAGAACCUAACCAAGAAGACCAAGCAAACCAUCAGCUUGUUUAAGGAAGGAAAGGAGCGUAUGUAUGAGGAGAAUUCACAGCCCAGGAGAAACCUCACCAAACUGUCAUUGAUCUUCAGUCACAUGCUGGCUGAGCUGAAGGCCAUCUUCCCCAGUGGUCAGUUUCAGGGUGACAGCUUCCGCAUCACCAAGGCAGACGCUGCAGAGUUCUGGAGGCGCGCCUUUGGGGACAAGACAAUUGUGCCUUGGAAGAUGUUCCGUCAGUCUCUCCAUGAGUUUCAUCCCAUCAGCUCUGGACUGGAGGCCAUGGCCCUGAAGUCCACCAUAGACCUCACUUGCAAUGACUACAUCUCUGUCUUUGAGUUUGACAUUUUCACAAGGCUAUUCCAGCCUUGGUCGUCCCUGCUGCGGAACUGGAACAGCUUGGCAGUUACUCACCCGGGGUACAUGGCCUUUCUCACCUACGAUGAGGUCAAAGCACGGUUACAGAAGUUCAUCCAUAAACCUGGCAGUUACAUCUUCCGACUGAGCUGUACAAGGCUGGGCCAGUGGGCUAUCGGCUACGUGACGGCAGAUGGAAACAUACUCCAGACCAUUCCCCACAACAAACCCCUCUUCCAGGCCCUCAUAGAUGGCUUCAGGGAAGGAUUCUAUUUAUUCCCUGAUGGCCGGACCCAAAACCCAGACCUGACAGGACUGUGUGAACCUUCGCCUCAAGACCACAUCAAAGUCACACAGGAGCAAUAUGAGCUGUACUGUGAGAUGGGCUCCACUUUCCAGCUGUGUAAGAUCUGUGCUGAGAACGACAAGGAUGUGAAGAUUGAGCCCUGUGGUCAUCUCAUGUGCACUUCGUGUCUCACUGCCUGGCAGGAAUCAGAGGGUCAAGGAACGGGCUGUCCUUUCUGUCGCUGUGAGAUUAAGGGUACAGAGCCCAUUGUUGUGGAUCCUUUUGACCCUAAGGACAACAGUGGGGGCUCCUGCAGGAGCCAGUUUGGGGCUGAGGGUGCCCCAUCACCAUGCUAUGAUGACGAUGAUGAUGACAAACUUGAAGACCCCCACCUCAUGAUGAGCAAACUUGCCUGCGCAACAAAGGUGGAGCGCCCUCCGUCACCCAUGUCCAUGGCUCCUCAAUCCUCUCUUCCUCCUGUGCCGCCCAGACUCGACCUGCUACCGCAUAGACCUCCUAACCCUCCUGGUGCCUCUAGCCCAGGGGUCACGACUAAGGCAGCAUCUCACCACAAAGACAAGCCUCUCCCUCUCCCGCCAGCACUGAGGGAUCUCCCCCCUCCUCCCCCUCCCGACCGCCCCCAUCCAGCCAGUACCACACAAGACGGACGGCUGCAAAGGCGGCCCUUACCCUGCACUCCCGGGGAGCCUCCUCGAGAUAAGCUUCCCCCUGCACCUCCUAACCGGCCCCUGGCUGACUGGAACUCCCGUCCUGUCCCAAAGGCCCCAACCUCCUCGUCCUCCUCAUCCUCUUCCUCUUCCUCAUCAACACAGGUCUCCAGUCUGGGAGGCGACAUCAGAGCAGGUGUAAGGGAACUCUCCAACAGACACUCACUCCCUCUGGCCCUGCCCUCUGCUCUGGAUACACGGACCGACUCACAAAAGAACAACAGCUCCCUCAGUCUGGACCAUCAGCUGAACUUUGCUGCGAUUGCUAGUCAAGAUUAUGACAACCCCAAAGUGAAGCCCUCAUCUUCAGCAAACGCCAUCUAUUCACUAGCAAUCAGACCCUCUCCAGCCCCGCGACCGGUGCCAGGAGAGGAAGCCCGUGACAGUGAGGAGGAGUCAGAGUACAUGAUCCCCUCCUCCCGCCCCAUCUUGCCCCCCAUCACAGCAGCACCUGCAGGGGAGACGGCACCACUUCCAAGGCCUCCACAGCCUCAGCCGUUAUCUGCUCUCCAGUCUCAGGCCCAGACCUCCACUCACAACUCACGGCUGGCUCUGGCUGAAUUAGAAGAUGGAUCUCAAAUGUAUGAAGCCAUGUACAACAUCCAGUCCAGGUCACAGCAGGCUCGAGAUUCAGAUUAUUCCGAGCUGCCCCCUGCGACACUGACCAAUGGUCCCAGAGAGCAGGCAGCAGCAGAGGACAGGGAUGAAGAGGAAAACGGCUAUGAUAUACCUAAACCUCGACUGCCCAUGCCCCCAGCCAGACGGACCCUCUCCGAAUUGGGGGGAUCAUCUUGCUCAUCCUCAUCUUCCUCAUCAUGCUCAUCCUCCACAGCAGCUUUCAGCCGCCUUUCUCUAGACUCAGAGGCUGUGGCUACAGCAUGCACAUGUUGUUUCUGUAAAGCCUUCUCAGAACCGGUUGAAGCUCCAGAGAGACCUCCAAAGCCCCUGCCCAGACGAAUCAACUCAGAACGCCGACCCAGUCCUGUCCCUCCCGUUCCUGCUCUUCCUUGCAGUGGGGCAGCAGGAGGAGAAACCAACCCUCAAAUAAGCAGUGAGAUCGAGCACCUCAUGAGUCAGGGAUACUCUUACCAGGACAUCCAGAAAGCACUGAUGAUUGCACAGAACAAUAUUGAAAUGGCCAAGAAUAUCCUCCGCGAGUUUGUCUCCAUUCCCUCCACCGCGCAUGUUCUUACAUAGCACACUCCUGUUGCCUCUCUCUCUUGUGUUUGCUCUCUCGCCCUAGCUUGGCCUAGCCUGGUUUGGGUAACGGUUGGCUCAGCCCCACCUAAAGCCCAUUGCCUGCAGUGCUCGCUCGGUGCUGGCUGAUGCCCACUGUGGAUUUUUAACUGGCUUACAGCACCUCUGGGAGGCUGCGCCCUGCACUCCAUGCGCUUUCAACAGUGUCUGGCCUUCAGACUGCUACAGCUGGCCUCUUCAUUUUCAAAGACCUUUCUGCAGGUCUGACAGAGCGCAUUUGGAACAACGGGACGCCACAGGAUGCAGGACUUUUGUAGAAAUCCUGGGAAGACAGACUCUUAUCUUUCAUGUUGAAGCCUCUUGCUGAAAAUGUAACCAACACCUCACAAAUAAAACUAAAAAAUGUAUGUCUAUAUAAGAUUUAAUAUAUGAGUAAAUAUAUAUUAAAUGUGUGUAAUAUAUACAGUACGUGCAUAAACAGUGUGUAAAAUGACUUCAGCUUGGAGGGUCACUGUGGAUACAGGCAGUAUGGGGGAGUCAGGGACCAGAUUAACAGGUAGUUUGGCCAUUUAAGAGGGCCAGACUAUAAGGAGGAUGAGGAGGAGUGCCCUUCCUCUUAUUCAGCAGCUAAGGCGACGUGCAGACGAGCUUUUUCAUGACGAGUCUGUUUUGGCCUUUUGAUUAACUCAGUUGCUUUGGUACGUUUUCUUUCCUUCUUUUUUUUUUUAAGGAAAAAGGAACAUGCUUGUUUUGUCAUGGUGUAUUUUUCAAGGUAGCAUAACGAUGGUUUCAGGUCUGAACAGAUGUCUGGCAGUGUGAGUGUGCGUGUUUGUGUUAUGCGAGUGUGCCAGACUUACUCCUCACGACCUGCUCUUAACGAACCCAUGUUCCUGUACAACAUGAAUGUGGUUUUACAGUCAGUAUGCUCAGACCUGUGCUCUGCAAACGUACUACUGCUUUCUGCGUGAGUGUGGCUGUAAUGCCCGACAGUGAGAUUAUUAGAGGACGUGCUAAUGUUGGCGCCCUGCAGUACCAGUGUUGUGUGAUCCGUGGUGGCUGAAACGUUUCCAUUCUGUCUUUGUCUAACGUCAUUGGCUGGCUGGUUUGGAUUUCUGUCUCCAGCUCAGUCCAGUUUAAAGAAACAAAAAAGUCAUUGAUUUACUUUGGUAAUAUGAUCAAUAUUAUUAUUAUUAAUUCAGAAGUGCUUCACUGCUGCUACUAUUGUUAGUGCUAAACAAUUACGCCUUAAAUGUACAUUUGUGAAUAUUGUGUUUAACUGCAUCUUGCAUCUUUAAAGUGACAGUAUCGUGUGUUUCUUCAGUCCAUAAUGUAGCAUACUUGAAAGUACAAGUGGCUUGUGAGCCAGCAGGCCUCUCAAGCUGUUCACUCUUCAGUGUUUUUAACCUUUUUAUAUCUACUUCCUGAUUCUCACACAGUAGACUCUGCAUAGCAUUUAAAAAAUGCAUCUGGUGUGGUGAGCCAUUCUCUCACUGAUUCAGGCUCCUCUUUCAUGUCAAUUUUCCUCACUCUGCAGGAGUCCCCCUCUGCUUUAAAGGGAGUGAUUGCUAAGGCUUUAUUUUUUAUUAAAAGUAGGCUCAUGGGUUUGCUGGCCCACUCCCAAGUCUACAUUAAAAUCAGUAUUUGGGCCAACUAUAAAAAAAACUAACUCAGGAAUGUAAAUCUAAACAAAGAGGCGCUGAGCCUGGCUGUCACAAACGGAGGAGAAACCAGCUCACCUGAGACGACAUGUAGCCAAAAGGAUCCACUUUAUGAAGUCACACAAGUAGCCUAUUUCUUUAUUCUCUCUUUAUAACUUGCACAUUAUUUGUAUUAUUUCCAGCGUUGGCAGAAAAAGAGACAGCAGCUUUGUUUCCAGGUACUAUGAAUGAAAAAGAGAAAUAAAUGCAUGGAGCUGUAAGGUACAUUGUGAACCUGUCCUGAUAUAUGAAGAAGAAUAUUUUCUGGGAGUGUAAAUCAUGUGAAGAACUAAUGAGCCUGAGCUUAUUCUGAAAAAUGCUGUCUUUGAUGGAAAGACAUCCUGUGCUGUCCGACUAUUCUUUUUCUGUUUCUAGUUGCCUUGAAAAGCUCUUGUAUGAUGGCUAAUUGACGAGAAGCUCCAUAUUCCUCAAUACUGUACAAAUGUUUUGUUGAGAGUGUGUCGAGUAAUUAUUUACCUUUAUGUCUUGUUUUUCACAGUAAACUAGUUUGUGCUUCGAUACUGUCACUCUAAAGAAAAGCGAAUUGUACAAAGUCAGUGAUAUGAAAAGAAAAAAUAGCUGUUUUAUUUUGCAUUCCUGUACAUGUGUUUUGUUCCAAAGGUUUUGUUUACUUCUGUGAAUAAUUCUGUGAGCAGUGCCAUAUGUUCAGAGAUGGUCACCAUGUCUCGAGUCAGGCCUUGAUUGUAAAGAGUUUGUUGGUAUUGAUCUCUGAAGGCCAGAUUGUGCAGUAUUGCUUGAAUUAAUCUGUCCUCCUCUCUGCCUUGUCAGCUGUAUCAGACCUUGUCUGUGAGCUCUGGUGCUGAUCUGUGAGAAGUCUCAAGUUUCUUAAACGGCAGACAAACAGAUCCCAGAUCAGCGCUCGACCUCACGGAUGCUGGACACGUACCAGAUCCCCCUACCCCCACCCCGCCCUCAGUCCCAGUGUUGGGGUACUUUGACUUUCUGCCAGAAGAGGGAGCUGCUGUUCCAUGUAGCUGUGUCGCUUCUUGUCAGUAAAUGGCAUUCAUUAACUUUUUGAUGGUUUUUAAAGCUCAUAUCAGUUUGAAAGUAUGCACAGUGCUGUUAAUAAAAAGAUAAGCAGAA